CUUUAAACACUCUAUUCCUGUUGACGAUGCCUAGACUGAUUUUGACGUAACUCAAAGUUAUGUAGCACGCGAUGCCGCCGAAGAAGAACGCCGGUGUCGCGAAAGGCAAGGGAAAAUCCUCUGAAGAGAGUGGCGGCGGGAAAACAGAAAAGAAAGGAGGGACCUCGGUGAAGGUUAGACAUAUCUUAUGCGAGAAGCAGUCCAAGAUAUUGGAGGCGUUGGAGAAAUUGAAGGCUGGUCAGAAGUUCAAUGAAGUUGCAGCAACAUACAGCGAGGACAAAGCCAGAUCUGGGGGUGAUCUUGGUUGGAUGACACGAGGUUCCAUGGUAGGACCCUUCCAAGACGCUGCUUUUGCAUUACCAGUUUCUAGCCUGGGGUCUCCAGUUUAUACAGAUCCACCAGUAAAAACGAAGUUCGGGUAUCACAUCAUAAUGGUGGAAGGUAAAAAGUAAUCAACAGUAAUUGCCAAAACUUUUUAAACUCUUUUGUAAAACUUGUUACGUAUACUUAAUGAAGUAAAUAUAUAUUAUUAUAUUUAAUAAUA